GGCGGACUAAAACCCCGAUCUCACUUGUGUUUUGCCUUUCUCUUGUACAAGUCAAAAUGGCGUCCGUAGUUCUUCGAAACCCUAGCUCGAAGCGUCUUGUUCCAUUCUCUUCCCAGAUCUACUCUCGUUGCGGUGCUUCUAUUACUUCCUCUUACUCGAUCUCUCAUUCUAUCGGUGGAGAUGAUCUCUCUUCCUCUACCUUCGGAACCUCUUCUUUCUGGAGAUCCAUGGCCACUUUUACUCGAAAUAAACCUCAUGUAAAUGUUGGAACUAUUGGGCAUGUUGAUCAUGGAAAGACCACUUUAACUGCUGCAAUCACAAAGGUUCUUGCUGAGGAGGGCAAAGCUAAAGCUAUUGCCUUUGAUGAAAUUGAUAAAGCUCCUGAAGAGAAGAAGAGAGGAAUUACUAUUGCCACGGCUCAUGUGGAGUAUGAAACUGCGAAGCGUCACUAUGCUCAUGUGGAUUGCCCUGGGCACGCUGAUUAUGUUAAAAAUAUGAUUACUGGAGCGGCACAAAUGGAUGGUGGAAUUCUUGUGGUUUCAGGACCAGAUGGACCCAUGCCGCAGACAAAGGAACAUAUACUACUUGCUCGCCAGGUUGGUGUUCCAUCACUUGUGUGCUUCUUGAACAAAGUUGAUGUGGUGGAUGAUCCUGAGCUGUUGGAGCUUGUCGAGAUGGAACUACGAGAACUCCUCAGCUUCUACAAGUUUCCUGGGGAUGAUAUUCCCAUCAUCCGAGGAUCUGCUCUGUCCGCAUUACAGGGCACCAAUGAUGAAAUUGGAAGGCAAGCUAUAUUAAAGCUAAUGGAUGCUGUUGAUGAAUACAUACCUGACCCUGUUCGCGUGCUUGACAAGGCUUUCUUGAUGCCAAUUGAAGAUGUUUUCUCAAUUCAAGGACGUGGAACUGUUGCAACCGGUCGUAUUGAACAGGGAACCAUUAAAGUGGGUGAAGAAGUUGAGAUAUUGGGUUUACGUGAGGGGCUUCCACUGAAAUCGACUGUAACUGGGGUUGAGAUGUUCAAGAAGAUUUUGGAUAAUGGACAGGCUGGUGACAAUGUAGGACUUCUCCUGCGGGGGCUAAAGAGAGAAGACAUUCAGCGUGGAAUGGUGAUUGCUAAGCCUGGUUCGUGCAAGACGUACAAGAAGUUUGAAGCAGAGAUUUACGUGCUCACUAAGGACGAAGGAGGACGUCACACGGCUUUUUUCUCCAACUACAGGCCUCAGUUUUACUUGAGGACUGCAGAUAUCACUGGAAAAGUAGAACUACCCGAGAAUGUGAAGAUGGUCAUGCCCGGUGACAAUGUAACUGCAGUUUUUGAGCUAAUCAUGCCUGUCCCACUCGAAACAGGGCAAAGAUUUGCCUUGAGGGAAGGAGGUAGAACAGUUGGAGCUGGUGUUGUGUCAAAAGUGAUGAGCUAAAUAACUCAAAAGCACAAUUCUUCUCCUUUGUUCAAGCUUUUUUUUUUCCCUAGGAAUCCAUCAAUUAUGAGAUUUUUUUUUUUUGUUACUGCUUUGAGAUUUCGGGUAGAUCAAGUAACAGUGUUUUUGGGUCAAAACUUGGGCCUUACAAAACUAAUAAAUACAUUGGAACCCU